UGGUGGAUGCCUUUAUUUUUGGGAGAGGACGCGCUGGACGGAGGGUCACUCGGGAAGCCUGUGGCGCUGCAGCGAUGCAUUCCCCAGCGCUGGCCGCGUGCCUGCUCGCUCUGACCCACUGCGCCCUCGCGGGAAAAGUGUGCUCCCGGCCCCCCGAAGUGAUGUUUGCCACCAUCGACGUGGAGAAGAGCGUGUACGAGGUGGGCGAGCAGGUGCAGUACAGCUGCAGGCCGGGCUUCGUGCCCAACAACGGGCAGACCAAGUACAGCUGCCUGCCCACCGGCCGCUGGCCGCUCAACACCCUGCUCUGCCUGCCAAAAAGAUGUCCCACUCCUGGGCCCCUGCAGAACGGAAAAAUUGAUUUUACAGACUUCCACUAUCAGAGUACCAUAAGUUUUUCAUGUGAUCCAGGUUACAAUCUUGUUGGGAUGAGAACAAGCCAAUGCACGGCGGAGGGAAAGUGGACGGGAGCCCUGCCRCAGUGCAUACCUGUGACUUGUGCACCUCCMGCGCUUCCCGAACUGGGAGUCCUUUCAUACAAGACACCCAGAAAAGUUUUCACUUUCAUGGACACAAUUACUUUCGAAUGUGUGCCACCUCUCGCGGUUAUUGGAAAUGAAACAGCCACCUGCAUGGCCAAUGGAAACUGGAGCGGCAUUCCAGAAUGCAGGACUGUCACAUGUGCCACACCAACAGGAAUAGAGAAUGGAUUCCUAAAUUUUGCUGUUCGCAGAAUAUAUUAUUAUAAUGAAACUGUCAGCUACAGCUGCCAACCCAGAUACGUGCUGGAUGGACCUAAGUCAUCCCGAUGCGAAAAGACAGGAAACUGGUCCCUAAAGCCAACUUGUAAAGGCCCAUGUAAGAUACCAGUGAAGAAAGCCGUAGUGUUAUACAACGGUGAGAAGAAGAGGGUUCAGAAUGACCUAAAGGAAGGAAUCCAGCAUGGGGAAACUGUUUCCUUCUACUGCAAGAAUAAAGAAAAAUCCUGUGCCUACACUGUCGYUGCGGAGUGCGUGAAUGGCAAUCUCACCCUUCCUGCUUGCUUCAAAGAACGUGGAUUCUUCUCAUCCCUUGUGAAGAAGGACCCAUCAGACAUGAAACCAUGUGAAGACUAAAGACAAAAUUAAAAUGUGAUACAGUACCAAAUAUUUGCUUUACCAAGACAAAACAUUACCAAAUGAUUUCUUUAGCCUGUGACUAUAAAUUUCCAUGCAGAUUCAGGAAUCUCURAGGAUAUGGUCUCAGCUGAUUCCUCUACAAGGAGCUACAAGAAAUUAUUUCAGCUACUAACUUUCCUUUUCUCUGCCUUCUCCAGAACACCUGMAAUCCUUCUCCUGUUUCCAUAGUUCCCAGAAUUAUGUAACUGGAACUGAUUGUCUCAAUAGYAAGCCCUUUACAAUAAAGAAUUUUUCAGGCAAGAAUAGUGUAUUAUUAUUUAAUAUCGCCUAGUCAUCAGUCAAAUCCUUUAGCUCUUCUUUGAUUUAUAUAGUGAAGCUUUCCCUAUUAGUAAUUAGCUUGGUCCUCAUUCCAUUACCUCUCCCCUGAGGUUAGGAAAUGGGCCUUUAAUUAUAGACAGACACGGAACCAUCCAACUACGAUUUUCCAGAAUUUACUUAAGUAGAAAGACUGACACUUCCAUAUGAAUUUAGAAGUUAAGUAGUGAACCAUGACUUAAAUAUCAAUAGCAUCAAAAGAUUCUUCUUCACUUUUCUAAAAUCUUCAACAAAUCACUCAUGUUUUCCUCAUUCCAGAUUCACAUGAAAUUGUCUAGACUUACCUUGUGUAAACGAGUUAUUUUUUAACACUGUUUAAAUAUUACACAAUGUACCUGAUUCAUUUUUAAAGCAGGAAAAGUGUACACCAUUGAGCAACAUAAUGAUUUCAGGUCAUUAAGUAGCUUUAGGUAAAGAGUGUCUUUCAGGAGCUUAUGAUACAGGUUGACGACUGUUAUAAUCUACCCUGACAAUUUUGAUGGUUAUUUCUGGUUUUCCAUUCAGAAAAAAAAAAAAAAAAAUGUAAUUUCAGUGUACUAGAAAGUGAUAACAAAGUGCUUCUGGCACAUGUAUAAUGAAUUGUGAUGAGUCAUAUAUGAUUUCC